CAGUUCAGUUCGUGCCCGGCCGUCGAGCGCGUCGGUUGUACCGUGCCGCCAGCCCCGCGUUCUUACGAGACAAACAUCUUUUGUACCCAAACCAGUGCUGUGGAUUUCAUGACCUGUGCAGUGUGAGAUUGUGCUGAUUCGUAUUGUGAUGUUACGUGUACGUUAUGCUCUAGUGUUGGAUUUCUCUUGAAAACUGUGCGACGGGUCCGCCUAGCCGUCGGACGGCUCUCGAUCUCGGGAUAUCAUUAAGAUGAGCCCACACCAAGAUGCGGCGAUUUGACAUCACAAAUGCACGUCACUAACUUCGGCACAAAGCCAAGACCAACUAUGAUUUGGAACGACACAGAACCACUAGAAAAGACUAUAACAAACAAAAGUAAAAACCUACAAGAUAUCAAAUCGUUACUGGAAGACAGAGGAGGUGAAGAGAGAGAUGUGUUUAGCAAUAAUAGUGAAUUAGACAAUAAUAGGUUUGGGGAAACGGUUAGUUGUAGCAAUAAUGUGUGGGAGAGGUAUCGAAGAGGCUGGUGCUUUAGGUUUAAAACAAUUGUGUUUGUGUUGUGUCUGAUGCUGCUUAUGGAUAGACUGCCGGCUGAAGCGAGGAGUGCAGAACCUCGGUACGAAACAGCGUAUGCGUGCGAAGGCAAAACCUUGAAGAUUGGCUGCGGGGAAGGCUCAGUCAUCCACCUCAUCAGAGCCAACUACGGCAGAUUCUCCAUCACCAUCUGUAACGACCAUGGGAACACCGACUGGAGCGUCAACUGCAUGUCUACGAGGAGCUUACGGGUUUUACAUAGCAGAUGUAGUAUGCACCAAAACUGCAGUAUACUGGCGAGCACGAGCAUGUUCGGCGACCCAUGCCCCAACACGCUCAAGUAUCUGGAAGCGCAUUACCAAUGCGUACCUGCAUCAACGACAAGCACGACCAACCGGCCAUCCCCACCCUGGCUGAUCACGUCGCAGCCCACGGUAUGGCGGUCCACAGUCCCACCAGCGCCGAAGAAUCCGGUCCAAACCCAACAGAACGAACGGAAGAAGCCAACGGUCAUCACACCACCGACGUUCAGGCCUCAUAUUACUUUGCCACCGGAGGUGAAGCUGGGAGAUGUAGCGUCUAAGAAGACCACGACCCGGCAACCGGACUCGUCGUCAGAACGGGAGCCGCAGCAGUCCCCCAAGGAGACACCAGAGGUCCAGGAGGAGGUCCCGAAGGUCGUGGAGCCGGAGAACAGGCCGAGAAACGACAAGCCCAGCAAGGAUAAGGAAGAGGAUGUAGUGACAGAAGAAAAUCGUCAAUGGCCGGUCAACGAAAAUUCCGACUCUACGCCGGCGGUUCACGUUCCUCCGAAAGAGAACUCUGCGCCGGACACAGACCUUGAUGAUCAGUUCGGAAAAAGAUAUUCCACGAGCGCAACACCCAAUCUAGGCAGAAGGUCUUACUGUCCCCAAGUCAGCGCCCGCGGGUUACAUUGGAACUGGACGCUAGCCGGCACUUACGCCGUCCAACCUUGCCCUGGGGGCGCCACUGGACUCGCGAGGUGGAAAUGUACCGUACCCCCUCACCAUUCUGAGGAAGAGCGUCCGAGGCGGCGCGGAGCUAGUUUGCCGUCCGGAGAGAACUAUCACGACUUAGGCUUGGAGCCUAAUGACAGGCUUCAGCUGAUGAAGAGACUCGGCUCAGAGUCGCUUCUUAAAGGAAGAGAUGGAGAUUCCCCUGAACACAUGAUCGACUACCGCGGUAACCUGCCGGACGCGCAAGCAUCCAGUCUGAACCUAGACUCCCUUGGAACCUUGAUGACCAGCGCUGAAGGAUACUCGGACGCGAUACCAGAAUGGCACGGCCCUACGCCCGACCUGAGCGAGUGCCGGUCCGUCUGGCUGAACAGCCUCGAGGCCCGAGUCAGGGAGGGAGAAUCCCUGCUCAGCAUCAGCAAUGACUUGGCGCAGGUGACGUCAUCGAAGACGCUAUACGGCGGAGAUAUGCUGACAACCACCAGCAUCAUGAAGAAGCUGGCACAGCGCAUGUCGCAGAACGUUCAGACAUUCCCGGACCCCAAGCAGAGAGAGGCCAUCGUUACCGACAUGCUACUGGGGGUUAUUAAGACUGGAUCAAACCUUUUGGAAGAAAGUCAGCGGUCAUCCUGGGCGGACCUGAGCGCCGACGCUCAGAACCGAGUCGCAAGCGCACUGCUCACACAGCUGGAAGAAAACGCAUUCCUAUUGGCUGACGCCGUCACCAAAGAGAAGACUAUACUGCAGAUCGUUAAGAAUAUCUGUCUCUCCGUGCGAGUUCUAGAAGUAAAGAACGUGGAAGAUGAGACGUUUCCAUCGGUCAUCGCGCAGGAGCAGUGGAAAGCCUCUGAGGAUACCAUCACCAUACCCAAAGCUGCUUUACUAGACAACCGCCAAAACGACCUAGUCCGCAUAGUGUUCUUCGCUUUCGACCGGCUAGAAGAGAUCCUGCCGCCCACCUUCGGUGUGAAGACUGCACCGUACAGCAGCUUCCUCUCCGAUGCGUCUGCUUCGACUGCCACCAGUAUGAACUCUGAACGGGAGAAGAGGAAUGUUACCAGGGUUUUGAACUCUAAGGUCAUAUCAGCCAGCCUUGGCAAUGGUCGUCACAUCCAGCUAUCUCAAAUGGUGCGACUAACCAUGAAACAUCUGAGGACUGAAAACGUCACGAAUCCUGCCUGCGUUUUCUGGGACUACACGUUGCAUGGCUGGUCCCCGGAAGGCUGCCACGUAGAGUGGACCAACACGACGCACACCGGCUGCGCCUGCUCGCAUCUCACCAACUUCGCGAUCCUCAUGGAUGUCCACGGCGUUUCGAUCGGCGCCAAGCAUGAGAUGGCCUUGAGACUCCUUACUUUCAUCGGCUGUGCUAUCUCUGCUGUGGCUUUACUGGCCGCUAUUAUUGUAUUCCAGUGCUUUAGAAAUAUGAAGUCGGACCGAGUGCUAAUCCACAAGAACCUCUGCGCUUGUCUCCUCAUUGCGGAAGUGGUGUUUAUGUGUGGCAUAGACCAGACGCAAGACCGAGUGUUAUGUGGCAUCAUAGCUGGCUUACUCCACUACUUCUUCUUAGCUGCCUUCGCUUGGAUGUUUCUAGAAGGCUUCCACCUAUACGCAAUGCUAGUGGAAGUAUUUGAACCGGAGCGGCCACGUGCGCGCUGGUACAUGGCGGGCGCGUACCUGGCACCAGCUCUGGUGGUGCUGGCCUCUGCCGCGGCCUUCCCUGCCGGCUACGGCACGCCGCAGCACUGCUGGCUCUCCACUGACAGACUCUUCGUGAUGAGCUUUGUUGGUCCUGUGGCUUUGGUGCUCACGGCCAACUGGAUAUGCUUGAGCAUGGUGAUUUACAUGAUGUGCCAUCAUUCCACCGUCUCCAUCAAGGCGAAAGAAAACUCCAAGCUGUACAAAAUCAGGGUAUGGCUGAACAGCUCCCUAGUCCUGGCCUUCCUGCUGGGGCUGACUUGGACCUUCGGUCUUCUGUACCUGAACGAGCAGACGGUGGGCGUGGCCUACGCGUUCACGAUCCUGAACUCGCUGCAGGGGUUGUUCAUCUUCAUCUUCCACUGCUUGCAGAAUGAAAUUUUCCAGAAGGAGUGCGCGCGGCUCGGGCGCCGGCACCCCUGGCUGUCGUGCUGCCUCGCGCUGGCGCCGCCGCCGCCCACCGCCUCCACCCACCACGUGGACACGCGCCAGGGCAGCGUCAAGAGCCGCCGCUACCACCAGAGCGCCGCCGCCGACAGCGAGGACGCCGUCGACCCCCGGGACGUCACGAGCUACAACCUCCAGCCGGAAUCAGCGCGCUGGGCGGUGCGCCCCUCCGCCCCCGUAUACGUCCCGAGCGAGGAGCCCCGCGCCCCGCGCGCCUCCACGCCUCUCGCUCUCCCGCACUCGGCGUCCCACUCGCACAGCAUCGCCUCCAUGCAUAGCUACCGGCACAUGGAGCCGAACGAUUACCAGAACCUUCGGUCGCGGUCGCCAUCUUGUUUUUCCAACAAGAUGGCCGCGUCCGUCGGGAACGAAUGGCAGAACGGGAGCAUGUGGAAGAACACUUCUUCUAAGCACCACCCAAGCGGAACGUCGACUCUGCCUCACCACGACACGCUGUCGCGGCAGCUGGCCGCGCAGAACCACCUCCACUCCCCCUACAACGACUGCGACGGCGCCCUCCACCCGCCCCCCUCCCCCCGCCACAAGGACGAGGACAGCCCCCUCCACCACCAGGGCUACAACACCACCCGGAGCUACAACCACGACUUCAGAAACCCACACGUCUACAUGUCCCAGCACUCCCCCGGCAGCCAGGAAAUGAUCUUCCGCAAGCAUUACAAGGACGAGAACAGACGCAAGCACCAUCAUCACCACGGCAGCCAGAACAUCAACCAUACCUAUUCAGAAAUAGCUUCUCAACAAGGAAGAAUAUACAGACGCGGAUCCGAGCAAGAGUUCCGCGUCAUCCAAGAUGAUCCCGUUUAUGAAGAAAUCGAAAGGAACGAGACUCUAAUGUCAGACGUGUCCGAUGAUAAUUCCGGGCCGGACAACUGCAGACAAAAUCCGGGCCACCACGGCUCUUCGAGUUCCAAGUUCUACGGGGACCACCGGCCUCUGAUCUCAUACAGCCCGGGAGAAAGGCAUCACCACGACCAGGAGCAUUAUGCGAAGUAUGGCAAAUGGGAUACAAUAGAGCGGGCGUACGAUCCGAGACACGCGUAUGAGAGCGGAAGGCUGAUGCAUCCGGCUUAUCAUCAGCCACAAGAGAAUAAUAUGAGGGCUCUGGCAGCGGUUCUGAAUGGAGAAAACAAUGUUGUCUGCCAUUUGGAGCCACACAAUUCCUACGACGUUUACCAACCGCAACAAGGCAAUCCCAGGACUGUCUCCCAACCAAGUUUCUAAGGACUAUGUUGAAAAACCCAGUGAUCGAACGAAAAGAUUGGAACUGACUGUGUCAAUCUCGGACGUAAGUUUCAGUGUUAGUGAUAGACUCUGAGUGAGUGUACAGAUAUAGCGGGUGAUUUUUUCUAUGGACGUAGUAUAGAGAAAAAUCUAGCGCAUAAAUAGCGUUUAUGUAGGAACUUGCCAUAAUGCGGACUUUAAAAUAACAUAUAUUUAUAGACGGUUAGAUUGUAAACGUAACUUUAAAUCACUUUUUCCACUGUGAUCCUAUUUAAAGAUAACGGCUCAAGUUCAGUGUUACGACCAUAUUUUCUUUAUGGCGGGUUUAAAUAGCAAUUUUGUAUAUACGACUCUUAGCGUUUAGUGCUAGGCUCUUAGUACUUCCAGUGUGUCCUUAAUAUUUCUAUCUGUCGACUUUCCUUUACCAAUCAUGGCAUUUCAUUAAGUACGUUUGCGAGAUUUGUGUAGGUACGAAAAUCUGUGAUGUUUCCUUUUUUUUACGCUUUAGAUUAGGGCUCGCUGUCUCGAAUAAUAUGUAAAAUUCACUGCCAUAACUUAUUAUUAGUAUGGUUUUAACUUAUUUUUGUGACAUAUAAUUUUAAUAAUUAAGUUUUCCUCCGGCAGAUAUUAAUUGUACGUGCUGCAGCUUUGUAUGUUUUGUUUUUCGAAAAUAUUUCAAAAAAUCCAUCCAACCUAUUAUAGACUGACACCACCUCGAUGUUGUGCACUUUUCUGUACAUUAGAACUUAGUGUUAAAAUACUUAAAAAUAACAAUAAAAUAUAUUAUUUCUACAUAAGUAGAUUUAAUUUUAAUGCCAUGAAUGAAACUGUUAAUUUUUACCGUAAAACUAAAUGUUAAGGAAUUGUUUCAUAGAAUUGAUACAAGUACAAUAAUGUAACUAAAUGUACUCUUGAUUUCUUGUAUAUUUUGGAUCGAUUAAGCAAUAUAUUAGACUGAAGUAUUUAAUAAAUAUUUGGCCAUUUUUUAAUACUGUUUAACAACGUAAUUAUAGUAAUUGUAACAUUUAUAUCAUUUUAGCGAGGCCAAAAUUUAUAAAAUACUUUUUAUGGGAAAAUACGAAAGAGUGGGAUGUAUUAUUUUUUGUAUUCGGUUAUAUACUAGUCCACCUUCGCCCACUCUUAAAUACACGACUUGUACAUUUCGUCAUGUGUAUUUCUGUUAUAUUUUUUGUUUUGAUUGUAUUUUAAUAACGUUGACGAGUAUAUUAAUGUAAAGUAGGAAAAACAAAAAUGUGUAAAUAAUUUAAAGUUUAUAUAAUAAAGAGUGGUUGUUCUCAGAGGAUAUCCACAAGGGAAAUUA